UCUCUUGUUUGUUUGAAAAGAAGUUAGUAAGAGGGUGUGAGCAGAUUAUAGGGAAAAUGGCAAGUACACCUGCUAUUUUCUUGGCUACACUAGUGAUUUGUUGCUCACUAUCUUCUUCUCAUGCUGAGAUUUUGUUCUCUUCCCUCAAGAAGAGUCUUGAGGUGACUGUUAAACACAGAGCAGGAGUAUUGAUGGCUGGGGAGGACACCCUGGAAAUCGACUGGUUCUUGAACAAGACAUUCCCAGCAGGGACAGACUCAGCCUACAAGACGAUUAAACUGAAGCUAUGUUACGCUCCGAUUAGCCAAAAGGAUCGUGCGUGGAGGAAAACAGAAGACCAUAUCAAAAAGGACAAGACCUGUCAGUUCCAAGUUGACUCCACGCCAUACAAGUCCUCCAACAACAAAUUCAAUUGGACAAUUGAGAGGGAUGUUCCAACAGGUACUUUCUUUGUUAGAGCCUAUAUUUUGAAUGGUGAUGGUCAUGAAAUUGGUUAUGGACAGAACACUGAUGACAAGAAGGUAAACAACCUUUUCGACAUCCAAGCAAUUAGCGGACGACAUGCCACUUUGGAUAUUUGUUCUGUUGUCUUCUCUGCUUUUGCUGUUGUCUCCCUCUUUGGAUUCUUCUACAUGGAGAAGAGAAAUGCCAAGGCAAGUAAAUGAUGAUGAUCAUCAUGUGUGAUGAUGUGAAAGGAAAUGAAAUAGUAUCUCCUUUGUUUUCUAUUGUAUUGUUAGUAUCGUAGACUUUUUAU